GAGAGGACGGGACCUGGCCGUAGAAGCAAAGCGGAAAGAAAAUGGCGGCCGUGGCUGCGGAGCCAGGAGCUGUUGCGGUAUCAACAACAACAGCGGGGGACUCUGGUGAGCUCGAACCGGUGCCAGCUGUGCCGGGGGGCAAACUCGACUCCGAUGCAACGCAGCAGUACGCGCCAGUAAUAGACCUUGUUCACCAACUCAAGGAUGGGGAUGCAGUUCAGGAAUGCAGCCAGGUCCAAAUGGAGCUAGUGAGCAGGCCAGACCAAGAAGCCGCGGGAAAAGUCCUCGCUGCUUGUGCAUUGGAUGAACACAUCGAUACAGGAUGUCUCAUGGUCGGCUUAGAAAAUACCGAUAACCAUUCUCGCGGGGGCUAUGGUUCGAAAUACACAAUGUCGAGGGCAGAACGUUUGAAACAAUUUUUUUCGCCUAAUGUUGAUCCUGCAAACGAGCUCAGUAAGCACGAGCCCUACGCCUGCCAUCAGAAUAGCUCCAUCUCCGAUUCACAGCCAUCGGUGGUCUUUUUGCAUUCGUUCCCUGCGCAUCCUGUGACUACGGAGGCUGGGCUGUCGUUGGCAGAGCCAGCAGAGUCCAUGAUUAAUUACUAUCAAAACACAGAAUCAACCCAACCUACUAUUAUCGAGUGUGGCUAUAGAGCUUUAAUUAAACCGUCCCAUGAGGCUGAACUGGAGCCCGAAUCAGCAGAUGAUGCUCUUUCUGUUACCGAGUACAAGGCCGAGUCUUUGGGAGAUGCCUCUCUUGAACAUCCCCAGUCCAUAGAACACGUCGACUCUCUGCCAGUUCGAGAGACGGAGACACUCAUUGGAAUACCCAUGGAGACUGGAUACAUUUAUGACUUUUCGAGCAUCACAAACCAGAACUCUCCGAGUCCCGAGCUUCCUGUAAUGGCAGUCGGUCAGGUUGACUCCUCGGCAGAACUUGGGGACUCGUGCUCACGACAGCGGAGUUUGGAAACGAACUUCCACGAGAGCGAGACCGUAUUGAAUCCCCCUCACCCCAUGCCCGUUGCUGAUACUGAGGAGGUACAGUCCGAGUCAGUGGACAAUCUGAUACCUGGUUCUGAAGUUCGAGUAUCUCUGGAUCACAUCAUCGACGACGCACUGGUGGUGUCCUUUCGGUUAGGCGAGAAGAUCUUCUCUGGGGUUCUGAUGGACCUCUCUAAAAGGUUUGGACCCUAUGGAAUUCCAAUCACUGUGUUCCCAAAGAGAGAAUACAAGGAUAAACCUGAAUCUAUGCAGCUAAAGACAGAACCAUUCCAGCCAGAGAAGGUGGAAAUGCCAGUCCAGGAAAACCCUGACAGCCAAGUUGUCGCAAUCCCCGAACCAAACCCUGACCCCCAGCCUAAGCCUAACCCAUGGACUUCAAAACCUCCGCCACUGUUUCAGGAGGGAGCCCCUUACCCUCCGCCAUUGUUCAUCAGGGACACCUACAACCAGUCGUUACCUCAGCCGCCCCCCCGCAAGAUCAAGCGGCCCAAGCGCAGGCUGUAUCGCGAGGAGCCCACCUCUAUCAUGAACGCCAUCAAGUUGCGGCCCCGCCAGGUGCUCUGUGACAAGUGCAAGGGGACUGUCAUGACCGUGGACAAGAGGGAGCCACGUAGAGGCCCUGUGUCGGACUCUAGGGGCGAGGACGCCAAGCGGAGACGCAACGACAGUGCAGCUACUGUCAGCAAGCGGCCACGUAAUGACUCUCGCUCUGAGGAGAAGCGCCAUGCUGCUGAGGUGUCCAAACGGCAGGCCUCAGGGAUUCGAGUCUCCUCUUCCUCUUCUCUGGGCCAGGUGAAGGCCGGAGCUGGAGGGAACAGGGUUCUGAGGACAACAGCCACCACAACAACAUCACCGGUCAACAGCAGCUCCAGAGUCCAACUCAAUGCCAAGAAAGUGCUACAGAGCAAAAAUGUUGAUCACUCCAAGGCAAGGGAGGUGCUGAAACUGGCCAAGGCGCAGAAGAGGCAGAGAGAGACUACAGUGGUCACUGGCAGCAGUGGCAACGCCAAGACGAUGACGAGGGCCGCUGCCCUGCAGGAGGCCCACGCCCACCAGAAGGUCCACUUCACCCGGCGGCUGCAGCAGAUCAGCGGGGUGGGACCAAGCAACGCCACCCCUCUGCCACCGAGGAUGCGCAUCAAGCCCCAAAGGUACCGUAAUGAAGAGAAUGACUCUUCUACAUGUAAGCCGCCUUGCCUCGAGAAAGUGCCGGGAAGUGGCCGUUUGUCCCCUCCAAAGCCAGGCGCGCCCCGCUGCACCUCCACGCGCUCCUCCUCCUCCUCCUGCUCCACAGGCGAGGCCACUGCUGCUGAAAACCAGGGUCUAGAUAAAGGGCCAGAACCUGAGCCCAGUCCUCAGACCCAAUCCCAGACCCAAGUGGAACCCCUCACAGCCACGGAGCACAGCGACCCCAAGGUGGAGCCAGAGGAGCAGGGGGGGCGGGAGGAGAGGCGGGAGACGCGCGGCAGCAAGGCUGGCAACCUUGUGGUGUACAUGACCCUUAACCCCAGCCAGCCUGACUCCUCUAAUACCUCCAUGUGCAGCGUUGAUAGUGCAGAUGACUUAAAGUCUUCAAACUCAGAGUGUAGCUCCACCGAGACCUUUGACUUUCCCCCUCCCGGUGAUUUGCACUCGCCCCCCGCCCCCGGCACAUCCUCAGCAGUCACUGACCCCUUGCCAGCACCUACGGAAGAGAAAACCCCUCGUAAAUCUCAGAAAGUGUUUUCCAAAAAUGUGUCUAAGUGUGUCUCUCUGGACGGCAGGAGCAUUUGCGUAGGGGACAUCGUUUGGGCCAAAAUAUAUGGUUUUCCUUGGUGGCCAGCCCGCGUCUUAGGCAUCCAGAUCAGCCGCAAAGAUAAUGGGCUCUUAGUCAGGCAGGAGGCCCGUGUCGCCUGGUUCGGUUCACCCACCACCUCCUUCCUGGCACUUGCACAGGUCGCCCCCUUUCUAGAAAGCUUCCAGUCACGCUUCGACAAGAAGAGAAAGGGCUUGUACCGUAAAGCCAUCACAGAGGCAGCCAAGGCUGCCAAGCAGCUCACUCCUGAGGUUCGCGCCUUGCUUACGCAAUUCGAGACGUGAGGUGGUGUGCUUUGGGGAAAAGGAAAGGUAGGCAAACAUGCCCCCCCCCCUUCCCCUCCUAGUCACCUACCAUGUCCCUUCACCUUCCUGAGAGAAAGAAACUAAAUAUUUCAGGCCAGACAACCAGGACUUUUUUUUUUAUGAUCAAAAAGGGACUGAAUGGGUUGGGGUUAUACACACUACUGCAUAUAUAAAAAUGGCAGUGUUUAUUUUAUUUUAUCAUCCUUCUCAAAUUUCACUUAUUUAUCCAAACUGGUGGAAAUCUGGUCAUUUCAUUUAAAAAAAAUUUUUACAGAAUGGUUGGUGAUGGAAAUAUUCACCUUAUCUUGAGGCCUUUAAGUUUCACUCUAUGUGCAAAGAAGUUUAUGUCAUGUUCUAACACCAUGGUUCAUAGGUUUGCUUGAUUGGCUGCCAAUUGUCAAAAUCUUAAGAGACCAAAAGAGUAGUUAUUUCAGUCUAUGCAACGAGCGGUUCAAUUUCAGGUACUGUGAACGGAACGUUACAGGAUCUGAGCAGCAGUAAAUAUGAUGUAUCUGUGCUGGUUGAAGACAUGUACUGUAGCUGUGAUGUGACGAGGAAGUGGACCCUGGUGGAUUUGAAGAGCGAGCAGUUAUAGGGGCUUAGGUACCUGCUGUAUCUCAGACACAGUCAGAGCUGACUGGCUGUGGGAACUGGCUGCCGGGCCGGUAAGCUCUUGAUCACCGUGUGGCACACUGCCAGCCAGGGCUUUCCAGACAGUUGAGCUGGGCUUGUGAGGAUGUGCCUGUAAGCCAAAGUCACCUCAAGUGCCGGUGAGAGGAGGAUGGUGCCCUGUUUCUAAUCCUCUCUGAAAACAGAGAUGGUUGCAGGGCAGUAGAUACUGUACUGAGAGCGUGCCCGCUCAACUGGGCAGUGGGCACAUCCACCCCCCUCAUACCUGUCCAGUCCCCUUGGGCCACCUCACCUCUCCCCCGUUCUCUCUCCUCAUCUGACUCUGUCCUGUCUGUAGUCUCUAUACCUUGUGCUCCUCAGUUAACCAAGACUGUUUUAUUACUCUCUGGUCUUCCUAUCUAGCUCCGUGAUUUUGCAUGCAUGAUUUUGCAUAGAAUGAUGCCCAAUUUGUUUUAAAAUCACUGAUUUGAAUUGUCUGCACAUCGGGACAUUUUAAACAAAGAUGUUUGUUGAUGGAGCGACGGCGUACUAUGAAAAUGAUAGAACCAACUAGCAUUGACAGAGGGAAGCCAUUUUAGUUACUCCUCUCAUAUACGUGUGUGGUAUGGCACGUUACAGCUCUGUUAUUUUCUACAACUUUUACUAUGGGUUUGCCAUGUCUUGUUGACUUGUACUAAGUAGUUCAGUGAUUUCUCAGAGUUCUCAGUGUUCAGCUGUUACUCAACCCUUUUUGAGUUGGAAUGUGUUUGACUUUAUUUGGUGCUCCUGAACUCAACCUUCUACCACUUCACUGCUUGGCUAAUCUCAUACGACUGCAAAUCCUGAUUUUAUGUAUUAUGUACAGUAGAAUCUGUAUCAAAUUAUUUUUAGUGGAUUUUUAUGAUGAAGAAUGGAAAAAAAAUGCUUUUUUGUUUGGCUGAAGUUGGGGGAGGGUUGUGAGGAAGGGUUACCUCACCAGUUCUGAUCUCUACCAGUUCUGUUCACUUCAGAUUUGACCAUUUAAUUACCAAUGACAAAUUACAUUUCCUAAAGAUGUUUCUUCAUUUACCUGCCUACAUACCUAUCCACUCUGACUAAAUGUUAAGGGACAUACAGUAAGACCCCGAACAGGUAGAGAUCAGAGGCUUAUUGCUCGGUAGAGUACACUGACCUGACCAUUGUUACAAGCAGAGACAAAGUGUAUAAUGACGGGUUGGCUCUGUUUCUUCUAUUUCGGACAUCAUCUGUUUGCAGAUCAGAGAAUGCUGUUGGAAAAAGUAACAGUUGAAGAACACUUGUGUAAAUGUUUUUCUGAUGUUUUUAAAAAGUAUUAUAAAUAAAAUGUCAACUUCAAGAAUCUUA